UUCACAGAACACUCAUCACCUCAACACAUCUCAAAAUGAACAGUCCGUACGCCAAAGAACUCACCGUCGCUAUUGGCGCUUUGCAAAAAGCUGCUCAAUUGAGUCAAUCGAUUGUUUCCGAUAAGGACAAAGGCGCAAUUGAGAAGGACGACUUGAGUCCCGUCACAGUCGCCGAUUUUGCAGUCCAGGCGCUCCUCACAGCGACGGUCAAGAAUGCGUUUCCAGAGGACAAAGUCGUAGGAGAGGAAGAUGCUUCGGACUUGAGGCAGAAUUCUAUGUUGAUGGAAAGGGUCUGGCAGCUUUUGGAGGGUGUUGCUGGGGAUGAGGAUACAGUGUCACUGUGCAAGUUGCCUGAGAGCAGGGAGCAGAUGUGUGACCUUAUUGAUGAGUGUGGAGCUAGUAGCCCGUCUGCCACUGGGAGAACUUGGGUGUUUGAUCCGAUUGAUGGGACGAAGACGUAUCUAAUCGGUCAGCUUUAUGCUAUCAAUAUGGCUUUGCUUGUGGAUGGUGAACAGACUGUUGGGAUCGUUGGUGCACCAAAUUUGUCAAUUGAUGCAAAGGCACCUCUUAAGAACGAAGACAUUGAUCCCACUGGCGAAGGAUGCAUUUUCUUCGCUGUCAAAGGUCACGGCGCUUACAUACGCCCCCUGCGAUUUGACCAACCCAGGAAACUCCCACUUUACAGCAACAAAGACAUUAGCCUCGUCACCAGCUCAACAGUCGACUCCGCCCUCUCCGGCAUUCACGAAAUCGUCGCCUCGCGUCUCAGCACUGCUUAUCCAGGAAACGACCUCCUCCCUUGGGUUCUUCGCUGGGCUGUUCUCGCAAUGGGUCUCGGCAACACGACAGUCUGGGUUUACAAGCGCCGAGAUCGAUACGCUAAAGCUUGGGAUCAUGCAGGUGCCAUGUUACUCUUUGAAGAGACUGGUGGAAAGAUCACAGAUGUUCAUGGGAAGAAGAUUGACUUGACGGCUGGGAGGAAGAUGAGUGCGAACUUUGGGUUUGUUGCAGCAAGGGAGGAUCAUGCGGGGGUUUUGGAGGCUGUGAGGGAGGUGUUGGUCGAGCAGGGAAAGGAAGAGUUUUUGAAGUGAUGGAGGACUGAGAGGUGAUUUUCUGCUUUUGGAAGAGAUGGAAAAGUGUAUUUCGCAGAGAUGCUUUGGAAGAGAUGGUGUCUUGAUCGUGUAGAGGUUAUUUAUCGUCAAAGGUCACGUCCACUCAAACGCACCAUGAGAUCGACGGCUCAAUUGGAUGGCUGGUAUAAGUACGGUUGUCGUUUCGAACGUAAACAUGUAGUAUAUUAGGCCCUUGGGUUGUAGCACUGAGGGUGGCGCUGGAGUGUUGAGUGAGUAUUGUCCUCAGGCUGGUCAACGAGAUAACGAUGCGUGUAAAUUGAACUAACCUCUCUCUUCUCAUUUAAGCCCUC